UAAUAAUUGUUCAAAAUAUCAGAUCAAAGUAAUCAUGAAACUCAUUUCCUUAUUAUUUACGGUGACUGUGUUUUUUACAUGCGCCGUGUCAUCCGACGUAGAAAAAGCGUUUAUUGACAGUGAAAUUGUUCCAGAUUCAUUGAGCGUUGCCCCAAAGAAGAUUGUGAACGUGUCAUAUCCAAACGGUGUUACUGUUAACUUGGGUAAUAAGUUGACACCGACGCAAGUGAAAGAUGUGCCUGAAGUGUCAUGGGAUGCUGAUCAAAACGCUUAUUAUACUCUUUUCAUGGUUGAUCCAGAUGCACCGUCACGAGAAAAUCCACGGAAUCGAGAGUUUAGACAUUGGCUCGUGGUCAAUAUUCCAGGGAAUGACGUUCAAAAAGGAGACGAAGUAAUUGGUUUUAUCGGAUCUGGACCGCCAAAGGGGACUGGUUUUCAUCGUUAUGUUUAUUUGGUUUACAAACAGCCAAAUGGCAUUAUUCAACACAACGAACCACGUUCGACAAACAGGAGCGGUGCCAACAGAGCGAAAACUUCAGCGUCAGAGUUUGCACAGAGAUACAACUUGGGCGCACCAGAAUUUGGCAACUUUUAUGAAGCUCAAUACGAUGCAUAUGUUGACAUUCUGAAUGCACAAUUGAAAGGAUAGAUUCAUAUUUUGCUUAUUUAAAUGUCAAAAUUCAAAAGAAAAUAUAUGCAUUUUUAAUUUCGUUAUUUGAACACUAAAAAUUAUAGCAACGCUAUGAAAACGGGCGUUUUAUUUGAAAAUUAUUCCUUUGUUCAAAAAAAAUGUUCAGUAAAAAAUUAUUUCUACUCUUCCAAUCAAUAAAAUUAUUAGAAAAACAUCACUUUCUCUUUGCAAAGAGAAAGCAAUUGCUUGCAAAAAUCUAAAUUCCGAAACUAUUACAAAAGGUGUUUGUGAUUUGGAUAACGCACGGUUUGCUC